AUGUCUCUAUUUACAGAAAAACUUCUCUUGAUGUUUGUAUUGUCGUUGCUAUCAGUGCACAAUGUAACUAGUGCUUAUUUCAAGACGACUGUGACUAUUACUAACUCUUUGUCAGGAAAUUUGGACUUAAACGUUCAUUGCAAAUCUGCGGAUGAUGAUCUUGGACCUCAUCUUCUUCAUCAAGGUCAGAGUUAUGAUUGGAGUUUUGGAAAUAAGUUUUUUGGAGGAACAUUAUUCUUUUGUACCGUUCAAUGGAAUAAUGAGAUACAUAGAUUUGAUGCAUAUGAUCAAGAUAACGAUCUUUUAAAAUGUUAUAAAAGUAAUUGUAUUUGGCUUAUAAAACAAUCUGGACCUUGUAAGGUACACCCUGAGGAAAAGCAUGAUGAAUGCUUUCCGUGGAAAAAUUGA